AUGACUAUCACUAGCAUUUUAGAGUUACCUAUAGAAAUAGUAGAGAAAAUUAUUGAUUUAGUUGAUGAUAGAAAUUCUUUGUUAGGAUUAGCAACAAUUACUCAUUUAAAAGAUAUAAUUUACAAAAGGUUAUUUCCAAAAUUAAAUAUUUUACAUAACCGCAAUGAUAGUAUUCAUGGUAAAUUCAUUUCAUUUUACUGUAUAUCAAAAUUCCUUAAUUUCUUAGAUGACUCUAAUAACUAUGUUCCAAAUGAAAUUUUAACAAAUAUCGAUACAUUGUAUGAAUUGUUUGAAAUUAAACAUAUAAAUUUUAAAGAUACAAAAAUCAACUUAAUUAUUCAUCCUUAUCAUACAAUUGAAGAUUUAGAAUUCUCAUUUAAAAAUUUCAAAAUAAAUUCAAUUAUAUUAAAACCUGAUUUUGAUUAUCAAUUAACUGGGAAACACUAUGAUAAGACACUUUAUUUGUCUCAAUUGGAAAAUGAAAAUUUUCGAAAGCUUACUUUUCCAGACACUUUGGAAAAGUUCGACAUGGGAUAUAAUAAUUUAUUUUUGAGAAAUCUGCCACAUUCAUUACGUGAGUUAAAUUUAACAGAAAUCGAUGAUUUGAAUUCAAUUAAAUUACCUUUAUCAUUAAGAUCAUUAUCCUUAACAGAUUGUAAGAUAAGAGGGGUUAUGUUAGAUUUGAGUUAUCUUUAUCGAUUGAAGAAUUUUGAGUCACAGAAAACAUAUCGUGUUGAAAAUGAUUUAUCAUCAAAAAAAUUGAAACUACCAUUGUCAAUAGAAUCAAUCUGUUUGCUUGUUUGUGAUUUUCGAAGUUUGAAUAAUUUAAGUGAUUACAAAAAUUUGAAAGUUUUUAAACUCAAGCGUUGUGGUGGAUCAAUUUUAUUGUUUAACACAAUAUUACCUCAUAAUUUAGAGCGAUUGCAGAUUGAAUCUAUUUAUCAAGGCUCAGUUAGGUUUCGUGAUAUUAUGUCACAUGGUGAGGCAAUGAAUUUGAGUAAUGUUACUAUAAAGUACCCGCCAGAAGAUCAACCCGAAGCAGACUUAUGGUAUGAAAUCAAUGGGGGAAAUAUUUUUCCUUCAAGUAUAAGAAUUCUAAAAUUGACUGACAUUGCUUGUCUUGAACUUGACUUCCAGUUGAAUUUACCUAAUUUAGAAGAACUUGAGCUCAGUUAUGCUCGUCAUUGCGAUAUACAUAAUUUAAUAAAUGAAAACUUAGUUAAUUUGAGAAAAUUGACUGUUCGUUGUUGUUCUACCAUUACAAAGCUUAUCAAAUUUCCUAAAAAUUUAGAAUACAUAAGUCUUCAAGAUUAUAGUAUAGAUCCAUUUAUACCAUUAACUUUUAUACAUUUGGAUAGGCUUGAGCAUUUAAUUAUCAGGGAUUAUCCUGAAACUGUUGACGAAGAUCCUGUAACUGUUAGUGAUAAUCAUUCAACUAGUAUUACUGAACAAAUAGCUCCAAAUUUAAAAAUACUUGAUAUUUCAUUUGAUGUGAAUAAACUAUGUCAUCAAAAAAAUUUAGAGAAAUUGAUUUUAACAACAUCAGCAAAAGCAGAUGAUAUAUAUAUCAAUAAUUUAAAAAGUCUUAAACUAACAAUUAAAGCUGUUCAUCAUUUAAAUAAAUCAUCCAAAUUUUUAGAUUACAAGUUUGAUUCAUGUUACUUUUUAAGAGAAUUAAUAUUACGUCUUGAAAUUGAUAAUAUUUCAAAUUUAACUUUUCCUGAUACUGUUGAAAUUCUUGAUAUUACCUGUAAAUUUAGUGUUACAAAAAUGAAUGAAGAUGAUUUGCAGAAAGAUCUUUAUAAUAUAUCAAAUUGUCACAAUUUAAAAAAUUUUAAAUUAAAAUUUUGUAAUAUAGAAUAUUUUAAUUUUGAUAAUUUACCAAAAAAUUUAGAAGAUUUAUCAAUUACUUAUUCCAAAUUAAAAUCAAUUCAUGGUUCAUUAAAAAGUUUAACUAAGCUAAAGUCACUUAAUUUAAAAUCAAAUAAAAUUAAUAAUAGAGGACUCAAAAGUUGUCUAUUUUCAUCUCCAAAUAUAGAAAUUAUUUAUUUGAAUGGUAAUUUUAUUAAUAACCUUGAUUGUGUUAGAGUUGAAAGUUGUCCAAGAUUAAUUGAAUUGAAUUUAAAAAUGGACUCACGUGUUAAUUUAUAUAUUACUGAUGAAUUUGAAGAAGAAUUAAAAUUAACUUGUCCAAGAUUAAGUUUUAUUAGAGGUUAUAAAAAAAUAAAUAAAAAGAGUCGUAUUGUUUAUGGUAGUAAUUAUUAG